AAAGUAGGUGUGUUUGUUUUCAAAGUUAAGAGUGGGUAUUUUUUUGCUGUUGUUGUUGUUCUUGUUGCAGGUCAACCACCAACUGGAUUGCUUCUUAGCUGUGCAUUUUGCUAACUGUUUUAGCUUUGUUUGGUGAUCAAAACCUUAAGAGUUACCAAAAUUAACUGCAAGCAAUCGAGCAAUGGAGAUUUAUGGAAAAUCCAUGGUGUCAGGUCAUGCCAAUGUUAUUUUUCUGUCCGUUAUUCUCGGCCGUGAUGGGCCAGUUUCUGUCCACAAAUGCGAUUGGAAAUGUCAAAACGAACAUGUUUGUGGAAACAUGUAUCGCUGCAAACUAACUGGACUCACUCACAUCUGCGACAAGAACUGUAACCAGAGAAUUUUGUAUGAUAACCAUAGUUCCCUUUGCCGAGCUAGCGGUCAGAUUUUUCCCCUUUCUCCAGCUGAGGAGCAGGCUGUGAGAGGAGUCCGAAGGAAGAUCGAUGCUGACAAUUCUCCCACAGAAAACUGUUCAUUUAAGCGCAGGCGAGAUGCACAGUUUCAUCCUUCUCCUUUUGAGAGAUCUUUUUCUGCUGUCAGUCCAAUCUGCAGCCAAGUUGGGGAUGGCAUGGAUAUGAGCUAGAUAUAUCUAUUAUUUAACUGAAAUGACCAUCUUCCUUUUACUCUUAAUGUUCCUUUGCAAUUUUUCCUCUUCUUUUGUCUUCUUUUCAUGGAAAAAAAUGGACAAGUGAACUUAAUGUGGACACUCUAAUGGUGGACCUGAUGAGUCCUCCUGUCUGUAGGAACAAUAUAUUUCUUAUCAUAAUGUUAUGUAGCUCUUACUUUAGCAUAGCAUGACUUUGGUAGGAACAUUGAACAGGCUCCAUUUGCUUUUGUAACUUGAACUCAACUUAGUUUGAUUCUAGCAUAUUACUCAAUUCUGAACUUUAAUUACAACAGGGUGUUUUCAGGUCUUCUGUAAGACAUGAAUGCUGUGCAGUUAUAGUAUUUAUAUUUUGGGCCUGCUACUUCUUUCCUUUAGAUGUUUUCUUUUUCUAGUUCACUGUGGUUUGCUAGACAUGCUUCUAUAAUGCAGAUUUUGUUUAUCAGUAAAUGGUCCUGUCGGUAUAUUUUUGGUGUACUUACUGGCAUUCUGUUCCUUGCUUACUAAUGUAUUUAACUUUAUCACUCUGCAUUCAUGUGUUUGCCUUUAUACAUUAAUUCUCUGUGCUUUUUCAACAUUCUUUUAAUUCGAUGGCUGGUUAUGGCAUUGAUGACUAUUUGGCACAGGAUUUUGAAGUUGUUCAAAUUGGGGGGGACCUUUUCCAUUGUUAUCUGGUAGAAACUGAGCUUCUUUCUUUGCUUUGUGAUGUCCAGUUUGUUGCAGGUUGAAGAUUAACAAUGUGGCUAUUCAUUGCUUUUAUUUGGUUGUUGUUUGCUCUUCUUCUUUUUUUCUGUGUCUACUCUCCUGAAAUGAGUUUUAUUUUUGCAGGGUUGAAGUGUAUGUGAUUAAAGAGGGUUUAGAUAUGCUUUGUGCAAUGAUGAACUAAUAUUUAUGUUUUAAUGUAUCUGAAAUGGAGUUUGUCUAUCCUUCUCAUGUUGGUUAUUCUUUUUUCUUGCAGUGGAGAAUGUUGCAGCUUGCUGUUGAUGGAUUGAGAAUGGUGCAGUACGUGCUAUUCAUCACUGUAUCACGUCAGAGGUGUUUAAAGGUCCAAUUCCUGGUUUUCUAAAUGAUCUUUGGCAGGAGAUAAAUGUUAAUUUAAGAGAUCUUUAGGUUGUACUAUGGCAAUCUCAACGAAGUUCUCUUUUAUGUCUAGAACCUUAAAAGCAGACAAGCUAUUUUGGGAAGUGCUGACUUUACACAGGUUUCAGGAAUCUAUUUGAGAAUAAAAGUCCACAGGGACAAUAUGCUCCAAUGCACCAGUAUUCUUUGCAAAGCUGGUUUUGUAAGCCACCAAAUUGGUAGAGGCUCAUGGGCUUAUAUUAAAUUGCUGGUCUGAGAUCUACUAUUGAUUGGUAAAGGCUCGAAUAUACCACAUAUUUUCCUGGAGCUGAUCUUAUGUUUUAUGUUCGUGCUCUCCUUUCCAUUCAAUUUAUGUUUUAGAUCCACAUUGAUGAUACUAUGGAGUUCCAAUGGAAGGCUAUUUGGAGCACCUAAAUUUUAAACGACAUAAUUUGUAAAUGAGCACUCACUUGUAAAGAACAUAGUUUGUUAUGUUAGCCAUUAGCACUUGUAACAGCUGACUUUCAUGUUCAAAUACGAUUUUUUACUGGAAUUGGCUCAUUUGAGUUGGA